AUGCAAUUCUUCCAACUUCUAGUCGGCUUCGCCGCCGCAGUCUCAGUCUCCGCCAUCGACAUCCAAAAGCACUUUGGCCAAAACUGCGGCGGCAAUUUCCGCGUCUGCCGGGGCCUGAACCCAAACAUCUGCUGCGUCGGCGCCACGGCCGAGAGCAUCCUCUUCCGCUACAUCCCGUCCAACUGGCGCAUCGAGUGCCGCGGCUACGACGGCGGCGACUGCCGCAACCGCCGCGCCACCAUCCUCUCGGCCGGCGCCACCUCCAUCUGCAUGCGCUCCGGCGGGUUCCUCUUCACGGGCGCCGGCUACGGCUUCGUCAACCGUAAGAGGGCUCCUCAGGAGGCCGGCGAGACGUGUACUGUCGACGGCGAGCUGGUGGAGGGUCAGCCGCAAAAGUGCGAGUCCAGCCAGGAGCCUGAUACUCUUGUACUUGUCGACGGUUCAGAGUUUAAUCUUGUUGGCCUCGAGGCCGACAAGCUCGAUAGACUGCACCGACUGAUUUUGCUAACUGCUGCUUCCUCGCCAUCUAGCUUCGAAAUUGCCGCCGAUCCCAACGUGACUUCUGCUGCCGACAUCCCCGCCGAGUUCAAGCCCCUUGAAAUCGUGUAG